UUCCCUCCGCCGUCCGAUCUCCAGACUCGGGCAAUCCAAUCCCCCCACUCAAACGUCAAACGAAUCCCCAAGUGCAGCCGGGUCUCGUUGACAGAGAGCUCAUCGACCUCGCCGACGGCGGCGGCGGCGGCGGCAAGAUGGUGGCGGAGGGCAAGAGGUGGCGGUUCGCGAUGGUGUGCUCGUCGAACAUGAACCGAAGCAUGGAGGCGCACUCGCAGCUGGGCCGCGCGGGGCUCGACGUCGAGUCCUACGGCACCGGCACCCACGUCAAGCUCCCCGGCCCCUCCCUCCACGAGCCCAACGUCUACGACUUCGGCACCCCCUACGGCGCCAUCUACGACGACCUCCGCCGCAAGGACCCUGAUCUGUACAAGAGGAAUGGGCUGCUGCCAAUGCUGAAGAGGAACACCUCAGUGAAGCUGGCACCUCAGCGGUGGCAGGACAAUGCCGGUGAUGGGUUGUUUGAUAUGAUAAUGACCUUUGAGGAGAGGGUCUUCGACUUGGUUGUUGAAGAUAUGAAUAACCGCGAGCCAAAGCUGAUGAAGAGUGUGCCGAUAAUCAAUAUGGAUGUCAAAGAUAACCAUGAAGAAGCUGGUGUUGGGGCAAAGCUUGCUGUAGAGUUGUGCCAGAAGCUUGAAGCAAUUGAUGGUGACUGGGAGGAAAUUAUCGAUGACCUGAUUACUGGAUUCGAGAAGCAGCACAAGCGGAGGCUUGCAUACAGCAUUGCGUUCUACUAACUUGUAUAGUUCUUGUGCGGGACACGCACACAGGCAGCAGUGGAUGGUCGGUAACUUGGCAUUCUAGAAAGAGACUGCACAGAAGUGAAGCAUCAACAUGUGGAGUGUCGCUCAAAUUCUUGCACGCCGGGGGUUUGAAAAAAGGACAUUGUAGGGAGCUUAACCUAUGAAGAAUUAACUGCUAGCUCCACACCCAAGUUGUAAUGUUGUUUAGUUUGGAGUCAUGAAUCUGUCUAUGAGAGUGGAUAUAUGGGUGCUGUUUGGAGUUGUUAUUAGUAGUUUAAAUUCAGAAAGCAAGCUAUGCAAACAGGUCAUGCAUUUUUAGCUGCCUGACUGACUAGAAAAAAUCACUUGGAAGUCAUGCGUGUAUUUUUUCUGGUCACACGCUGCAGCAGCCUUCUAGGAUAUCAACAUUGAAGUCGA